AUGAGGAGGUCCACGGCUCUCAUGGCGGCGGCGGCGCUGCUGUUUCUGGUGUCGUCGCUGUCGGUGGCGUACAUGUCGGCCGUAGCGUACGGUGAGAGGAGCGACGAGGUGGAGACCCGCAGGAUGUUCAGGGACUGGAUGGCCAAGAACAAGAAGACUUACAGCUCCAUCGACGAGGAGGAGCACCGGUACGCGGUGUUCAAGGAAAACCGCCACCGCUUCGACAAGCAAAACGCCGCUGCCGACGCCGCCGGGGUUCUCAUCCACUUGGGCCUCAACGUCUUCGCUGACCUCACCGACGAGGAGCUCCGCUCAUUGCACACCGGGUGCGCGCACGGGGGAAUUGAAGCUCAUCACCAGAACCUGGCCGCCGACAACAAGUACUCCCUCGACUGGAGGAAUAUAUUUCGUUGGGGGUUUCCAGGUGGCCGAGGUCAAGCGGUUUCCAGGUGA